UGAGAUCCAAAGAUUACCCUACUAGCGAGGCGGAUUUUGUGAACAAGAUCGUGGAGGAACUGGAGAAAGCGUUGACCAAACUGGAAACGGAGGAGGAAGAGAACAAGUUGAAGAUGAAGCAGGCGAUUACUACUAAUACUACUAUGCCUUUCUUUGGGACCAACAAACGCGUCAAGCAAUUGCAAGAGAAGUUAAUGAUGGGGAUCCCGACCCAUACUCGCCUUGUCGGAGUUGUUGGGAUGAAAGGUAGUGGCAAAACAAACCUAGCGGAGAUGUUCUUCGAGGAAGGAAAAUGUUACUUCCUCAGACAUUUGUUCUUCAGGGACAAAAUAGGUAAGAAUAUGGAGAGUGGUGCGAAGCGCGAUCUGCUCGUACAGCAGUUCCAGAAAAAUCUUUUGAAGAUAUCAAAUACUGAAGAAAAGAUUAAUAGCAAACUUCUUCUUGUCUUGGAUGACUUCAGCGACAAGGAAGAUAUCAUAUGUCUUUUUGGUGACCGUGGAUGGAUUACUCCAGGUAGCAAGAUAGUUAUUGUGGCAAGCGACAAGUCAUUGGUCGAGGGACUGGUCGAUGAUACUUAUGUGGUCCCAGGCUUGAACCAAAAGGAAGGGUUAGCAUGCUUGAGUUAUCACGCCUUUGGAGACGCCACACGUUGUGACUCAGACGAAGGGAACUUGCGGACAUUAUUAGAUUACGCCCGAGGAAACCCGUUAGCUCUCUCGACACUCGGCAAGGAGCUUUACGGCAGAGGCAACGGUCAGUGGGUCACAAUACAUGAAGCACUCGCAAACAAGAAUAUUCAAGACCUCUUCAAGUCGUGUUACGACUGUCUGAAUCGACCGCAGAAAGACGCGUUUCUCGACGUCACUUGUUUCUUUAUAUCGCAGGAUCACGAGUUUGUCAAAACGGUGGUGGACUCAUCAUGCGGUGACGGUACAAGCGUCAUCAAAGAUCUCGCUGACAAGUUCUUGAUCGAAAUCACCAGCGGCCGAGUAGAAAUGCAUGGUUUGAUGUAUGCUCUAGGCAAGUAUCUAGCAUCACAAAACCAAUGGAGGCUUUUGAACCAACAAGACAUUAUCCAAGCGCUGGAGAAGAAACUUGAUUUCGCCGGAGCUGUCAGAGGAAUUUUCCUGGACAUGUCCGAAGUUUCGGUUGCAAGAGCCUUAGGUCAAAAACCCUUUCACGGAAUGAAAGAGCUCCGAUACCUAAAGUUGUAUACAUCUUGUACACGUUUUCCUGAAUCAGACAGCAAGUUAAACUUUCCAGAAGGACUUAAGUUUUCGUUGGAAAAGGUUCGAUAUCUCCACUGGCAUAAAUUCCCUUUAAUGGAACUCCCAGAGGACUUCACACCCAAGAAUCUUGUCGACCUCAAGCUUCCUUACAGCAACAUUAUACGACUUUGGGACAGUUCUAAUGAUGUGACAAACUUAAGAUGGGUUGAUCUCAGUCACUCCAUAAACCUUCAAGACUUAUCAGGUUUAUCAGGAGCUGGAAAUCUUCAAAGAUUGAACCUUGAAGGGUGCACAGGAUUAAAAGAAUUACCAAAGGAGAUAAUGGAAACUAUGACAAGCCUUCUUUACUUGAACAUGAGAAGCUGCACAAGUCUCAUAUCUCUCCGCGAGAUCACUAUCAAGUCUCUUAAAACACUUAUCCUCACCAACUGCUCUAAUCUUGAGAAGUUUCAGAUGAUUUUAGAAAACAUAGAAGCUCUACAUUUGGAUGGUACUGCGUUAAAAGAACUUCCUGAAUCCAUUAAAGACCGGAAGAAGCUAGUCAAAUUGAGCUUGAAGGACUGUACAAAGCUAGCAAGCGUUCCUGAUUCUGUAGGCAAGCUGCAGGCUCUUGGAGAACUGAUACUCUCUGGUUGUUCAAAUCUCAGGAGUUUUCCGGACGUCAAAGGGAACAUGAAAAUGUUGCGGAUUCUAUUGCUUGAUGGAACUGCAAUAAACCAGGUGCCUCAAGCGUUCCCCUCUGGUUCCAAUGGUUUACAACGGCUUUCUUUGAGAGGAAAUCUUGUGAUCCAAACCAUCCAAGCUCACAUCGGUCAGCUCUUUCAUCUGAAGUUUCUUGACUUGCAAGAUUGCAAGAACCUCACAUCAAUUCCGGUGCUUCCACCAAACCUUCAAUGCUUAGAUGCGCAUGGUUGUGACUCGCUGACGACAGUAGCCAACCCACUAGCCUUUCUUAAUCUGACCGAUCAGAUUCGUACCACACUCAGAUUCUCUCAAUGCAACAAUCUGGAUGAAGUUUCAAAGAGCUAUGUCAUAUCCUACAUUCAGAAAAAGAGCCAGUUGAUGUCUAGUGCAUUUAACCGCUAUAGUUUGAGUUAUGUUAUGGAAUCUUAUACUGGAGCUUGCUUUCCUGGGUGUCAUGUUCCUGAAUGGUUCCGGUACCAAGAGCAUGGACCAGUGAUAGAGACAGAGUUAAGAAGACACGAGAGUGAAAACUGGCUUAUCGGACUAGAUCUUUGUGCAGUUGUCUCGUUUCAACAUUGCCAAGAUCAAAUCAGUGGUUUUCAUGUGAAAUGCACUUUUGAAUUCAAGAAUGCGGAUGGUUCUUUAAUUAGGCGUUUACGUUGCACAGUAGGAGGUUUUUCAGGAACAUGGACUGAGCCGCGUAAGGUUGAAUCAGAUCAUGUCUUUGUUAGCUACACAAGCUUGUUGGAAGAUCAAGAAACAGAGGAAGAUAAGAAGGUGUGUAGUUCCACUAAGGUUUCCGUUAAAUUUGAAGUGAUUGAUGAUGCAGGUGAGUUAGUGACGCGCUCGGUGCUUAAAUGCGGUUUCAGUAUGGUGUAUGAACCCGAGGGAACUGAUCAUGAUAAGGUCUCUUGGGAAGUGGGCUGUGAUGGACCCCCAAAUGUGGCUGAUCAGAAUACCGAUGAUGAUGAUGAACCCAUGUCAUUCACUACUCAAGAAGCAGAAGUAAUCCCCAUAGAUGGACAAGGUUCUAAUGGUGACGACGAAGGUCAACAACAAUAUUAUGAAGAAGAAUGCAGAGCUAAACGACAGUGCAUCAAGGAUGGAUCUGAAAAGUAAAGCAAAGGUGGGCCACAAGGACCUUAAGCCCAAGACACAAACGAUAGGCCCACUCAGUUUGGCUUUACCCGCGCAACGGUCUGUUCUCAAACUUGAAGAUAAGAACAACAAAAGCAAAGUACAGAUGAGGCAAGGAUGCAGAAGUGAUAAUGGUGUGAGAUUGUACAAUAGGUUCUCCCCUAUUGAUUCUCAAGAAGAGUAGGAUCGCCCCAUCUGCCUAGAAACUCUAGGGUUUUCAUAAGAUUGUAUAAAUAAAGCUCCUUGUAAAGUUGUAAUCGACACAAGAGAAGAAUGAAUGAAAUG